CUUCACAAUACCAGUAGCAGACCGUGAAUACUACUACUACUAUCGCAAAAGUUUAAAGGUUGCAUCAGAUUUUCGUAUUGGCCGAUAUUUCAGUUUAAUCAGUUAGUUUCAGUUGUAUUUUCUCGUGAAACGUUUGUUUGAAAUAAUGGAUCGGAAUGACAAAGUAGCGCUGUUAGAAGAAUCAGUUUUCGAAAAUGACAUAAAAUGUUUGUGGGUUUUCGCGUACGGUUCCCUAUGUUGGAGGCCGGGAUUCGAGUUUCACAAAGCCGUGCCUGGCUCAGUGACUGGAUUUCAAAGACGGUUCUGGCAAGGCAACACCGUUCAUAGAGGAACUACAGAAAAACCAGGACGAGUCGCUACGUUAGUUGAAGAUCUUAGUGAAGGUGAGGUACAUGGGGUGGCAUUCGCUUUAACAGGCUCAGAAGCACUUUCCUACUUAUCUAAUAGAGAAUGCGCUCAGGGAGGAUAUAUGUCAAAAUUUAUAGAUUUUCAACCUAUAGAAGGUGAACGCUUUAAAGUGCUAGUUUACGUAGCGACUCCUUUAAAUCCCCACUGGCUAGGCGAUGCCGACCUGGAUGAAAUCGCUGACCAAAUAGUUACUUCUGAGGGACAAAAUGGCCAUAACGUAGAAUACCUGUUGAGGCUCGCGAAUUUUAUGCGAGCACAUUUUCCGGAUAAAAAAGACGAACACCUGUUUAGUUUGGAAGAAAAAGUGCUGUGGAAAAUUAACGUUAAUCAGAUGUGCCUUAAGACAAUGAUGGGUUCGGGAGAAGGAUGCAUUAGUUUUAUGCAGAAACCGAGUUCUAGAGAAAGCAGUCCUAGUCAAGAGAGACGGAAUAGGGAAGGGGGAAGGGUGGAAACGUUUGAGCAUACCGCCAGAGUUCCUAACACGAAACUACGCUGCCUCAACAUUUAGACUUUUAAGAGAGAAACAUUUUCUGUGAUAUUACUAUUUAAAAUUAAUAAUGACUAUUUAAUACUUAGCUUAAUGAUGCAAUGACUUCUUGUAACUUUAUGUAAGGAUUAAUUUAUUUGUAAUAGUCACUAUUUGAUGAAUUCAGCUAUAUUAGUUGUCCGUCAUACAAAAAUUUAUUGUGAAAAUAUUGAAAUAAAAUUCUAAAGUCUGAA